CGGUGGGGAGGCAAGCGCUGCAACUCCAGUCUCUGUCCGACAGUGCUUGUGUACGCUUCACAAAUCCACCUCUUCAGCAACUAUGGCGAACAACCGUGCUGCAAAGUCUGGCUUCGCUGCUGAAGCUCAAAGGAAGAUCAACAGUAAAUACAAUGAAGAACAUGCUGCCGAGUGCCUGGAAUGGAUCAAGGCCAUCAUCGGGGAGCCCAGCAACACCUCUGGAGACAUGGACAACUUCUAUGCCGUCCUCAAUGAUGGAGUACUUCUUUGCAGGUUGGUCAACACAAUGAAGCCAGGAUCAAUUAAGAAAAUCAAUGAAAGCAAAAUGGCAUUCAAAUGCAUGGAAAACAUCAACAACUUUCUAGAAAAUGCAAGAUCGAUGGGAGUUCCCGCGCAGGAAACAUUCCAAACUGUUGAUCUAUGGGAAAAGCAAAACCUCAACUCUGUUGUUAUUUGUUUGCAAUCCCUUGGAAGAAAGGGAGCUCAAUACGGACAGCCGUCCAUCGGGCCUAAGGAGGCCGAUAAGAAUGUCCGAAACUUUUCUGAGGAACAGAUGAGAGCAGGCCAAGGAGUAAUAAGCCUUCAGUAUGGCAGCAACAAAGGAGCCAACCAAUCGGGAAUCAACUUCGGCAACACCAGGCACAUGUAAUUUGUAUUUUUUUUUCAGGGAGUAACACCAUGUCAGAGGGAAAGUUAAAAGUAUUUAGAAAAUGCCACUAUCACUUAGUGUACAUAGAUAAACUAGGGUUACAUAGGUUCUUGAUAGAAUUGAAUUUAUUACUAUGGUAUAACCCUCUUGUAAACUUUCAUAUCAAACUGUUUUACCAGUGCAUACACCACACCUCACUUCACUUAUAAAUAAGUAGCUAUUUAAAAAAAAAAUGUUUUUUAUUAUUUUAUAAUUUUCCCUUCUGAUAGUUUUACUGUCAUAUAACAUGUAUUAAAAUAUAAAAUCUCCUUAUUUUCUAUUCCUAUAAAAAAAAAGAAAAAAAAAAAGAAAUUGUAAAUAAGAAGGAUGCAUUUGUUCAUUCCAUUUAUUAGUUGUUAAUCAGGUGCUAUUUCAGUUUUUAUUUUAGAAGCAUUAGUUUACGGAUGUUGUAUUUCUCAUUUUAGCUCUUAUGUGUCAUACUGCUGGUUGUUCUCCCAUAAAAAUCUAACUGUGCAUUUAAAUUAAUCAUAAUAGCUAUGGCUAAGGCCUUUUAAAUUUAAACAAAAGAUAAGUUAAGUGUAUUAUGUAAUAUGUAUUGUAGAAGAAGCAUGAAUAUCUUAUAAGAGAACAAUAAAUUAUUUUAUUUUAAUAUAGUUUACUUUUAAC